AAAAUUCCGGCAAUGGCACCGUGGAAAUAACAACAAUGCAGUAACAAAUGGAGAUAACUGGCAUAGAAAAAUCAUGCAAUGGCUUAAUAGUCAAAUCGACUUCGCAACAGCUGCGAAAAAAGGGGUCCGCAAGUGUCCGUGCAGUAUUUGAAUCCAAAAAUACAUUACAAGCAACAUGCAAAUGCACGAAGUAUCUGGUGUGAUACGAGAGCAUCAAGCUCUACGUAUAUGUGAACGCAAGAACCGAUAGUCAACAAGAAAUGGGAUCACGAAGGGGGGUGGGGUUUAUAAUGUCAACAAGUGGGUAAGGAAGCGAAAUAAUAAUACUAGUCCAUAUUCGCAAAAGAAUCGAAAAGGGGCAUUGAAGAGACAUGAGGAGAUAGUGUGUUGAAUGGGAUAUGAUUGCCCGUGGUAUAGAGGGUAUGUUGAUCCAACAGCCCACUCUAUCGGUACCCAUGAACGAUCUCAUGAUCCUGAUCGAAUUUUCCAUUCAUCUUCCAUCCUCAGUCGCAAUCUUUUCAGCUGCUGCUCCUUUGACACAAACCCUCGCUUUACAUCGGGCUUUACCUGCAUACCACUAUUGAACAACAUCUUUGGCGUCAACUGCUGGAUUUGCUUUAUUUCUUCUAGUCCGCUGGAAGACGCCGUACUGCUGGCACUCUCGCUUGAGGGUAUCAUACAUAUCGCGGCCCCAUUGCUGUUCAAUCGC